AUGCAAGAUUUCCAAGAUGUCGAGGCUUCCACUGGAGCAGAGUCUCCAGUGACAGUACAUGGAGCCUCUCAGUCGUUAAAGGGGUCCAAAUAUAUCAACUUUGAUGACAAGGAUAGUCUGAAUCCACGGACAUGGCCUCUGAGUAAAAGAGUCACAAUCGCCGCAUUAACGACAUACGCAACCAUGAUUGUGACAUUCGCCAGUGCCAUCUUCGCAACAGCAGUUCCGUCAUUGAUGCGCAUUUACCAAAUCGACCGAGAGGUAGCAACCCUCGGAGUUUCUCUGUUUGUAUUAGGCUUUGCCCUUGGUCCUAUGGUAUGGGCAUCAUUCUCGGAACUCAAAGGACGAUACCUACCAUUCAUCAUAUCGGUAUUUGGAUUCACAGCCUUUUCAUUCGGCACCGCAGUAUCCAAAAACACUCCCUCAAUCCUCAUCUGUCGAUACCUAGCGGGAUUCUUCGGCGCUGGACCUUUAACUCUCGCUGGACCGAUCAACGCCGACAUGUUCGAGGGCAAGUCGUUCGGUAUAUCCAUGGUCAUGUUCGCGUUUACGGUCUUCAUGGGCCCCGUGGUCGGUCAACCCGUCGGCGGCUUCAUCGUCAUGAAUGAACACCUUGGUUGGAAAUGGACACAGUAUCUCUGUGGCAUUCUCGGAGCUGCGGCCUUGGUGCCACUGAUAUUCGUUCUCAAGGAGACAUAUGCGCCGGUCAUCCUGGCUAGAAAGGCCGCGUCGAUACGAAAAGAGACGGGUAACAUGUCAAUCAUCGCCGAGCAUGAAGCUGUGCCACUCUCGUUGCGCGUCAUACUUGUCGAAUACGUCGGUCUUCCUAUCACGAUGCUCAUUUCCGACCCAAUCGUCCUGUUGAUGAGUCUGUUUGGAUCAUUCGUCUAUGGUCUCCUGUAUCUGUUCCUCAUUGGAUACCCCGUGGUGUUUCAAAUGAUCCAUGGCAUGUCGCCAGGUGUGGGUGGUUUGCCCUACCUCGGCCUCAUUGUCGGACAGGUACUUGCCGUUGUGGCCAUCUUCCUCCAGCAGCCUUGGAUGCUGCGUAAGACUAAAGAAAACAAUGGAGUCCUAAUGCCAGAGUGGAAUCUCCCUGUCGCUGUGCCAGGCGCUGUGUCCUUUUCAAUCGGUCUGUUCUGGUAUGGUUGGACCGGUUAUCGACGCGAUAUCCAUUGGAUUGUGCCCACAUUGUCAGGCAUCUUGACGGGUUUUGGCUUGGUGUGUACAUUUGUACCGUCUAUCGCGUAUCUGAUCCAAGCGCGUGCAGACAGGCCUGCGUCCGCGGUCGCUGCACAUACUUUUCUUCGUUCCUUGUUUGGAAGCGUCUUUCCGCUUUUUGGGUUUUAUAUGUACAAGGGAAUGGGAGUGCAAUGGGCCAGCACACUUCUCGGCUGCUUGGCUGCUCUGAUGAUCCCAAUUCCUAUUGUCCUGUACAAAUAUGGGCCGGUUCUCCGGGCAAAGAACCAAGCCUAUAGAGUCGGAUGA